CUUGCUGCAGGGAACUGACGAUUGGUACCCAGUGAGCAGUUGCUUGGCUACAGACUAACAAUGGCUGCCGGCAGGAGCUCCGCUUUACAAGACCUCCUGGAUAAGAUGAGAGCGGACAACAGAAAGCAAGUGGUCCACUGUGCUGUGUGUAUAUCUAGAAUAUCUCCCCAUCUCGUUGACAAGAGGGAUAUUGGACAGCACUAUGAGCGUAUAUUCAAGACGUGCCAGGCCAAGUAUCAAGGGGAGGGUCCAACUGGACUCCUGCUCGUUUACCCCCAGCAUUGCCUGCAUCUGAUAGAGGCUCCCUGGGAGGUUCUCAUUGAUGUCAUCCAAGACCUCCACUCUAACCAUGAGCUGUUGUCCUCGUCUCGUGUAGUGAGCUUCUCUCCACACAUCCAACAGAGACUGUACCCACAGUGGGCAGUCAGAGUGCUGAGUCUACCAGCCCUGGCUAAGGGAGAGCAAUAUACUACACAAGACACCCUCGAGAUAACAGUUGCUGGAAGUCUGGAGAAGCUGUAUAAGCUUGGAGUGCACUUGUCCAAGCUCACACAGCACCAGUUGAAGGCUACAAUGGACUCCUUGACUAGUAAAGUGCCCCAGUUCCUGUUACAACAAGAUAUAUUAGAAUACUACCUUGUGUGCUCGGAUCUCAACAGUCCUGCAGAGUUCCUCACAAGAUACAACACACCCACACACAUCCUAUUAGACAGAGAGUUGGUGUGGCCAUUGCCUGUCAAACUAUUCCCAUAUGACGAUUGAACAAGUUGAACAAUUAUUAUAAACAGACGAAUAUAAACUCACAAAGGAAUAGACACAACAUUGACCUAUGAACUCUCUCUAGACACAUUACUACGCACACACAUGAUAUAGACUUUGUCUCUGGUAAUUUUAAUAUGUUUUUACAUGAA